GUCAGCCAUGUGGGAGUCCAGUGCCCCAACCACUAUGCCCCCUGCCAGCCCCCGCCCCCCUCACUCAAGUCUGGAGCCCAGGGAAAUGUGCCUUGGGUCAAGAGAGAGUACAGAGACUCCCCUGAGUUUAUCAUUUGCAAAUGUAAGUUUCUUCUUGGGAUUUCAACAACAAACUCACGACACCAUGGCUAAACCUCGCCAUUGUGUGCUGGCCACUCGCUUUGAUCUUGUUUCUUUUGUCCUGUCCACAAAUGCCACGGUCAAGGCCACAUGAUGGUCUGAUGGUUCCUUCUGGGUCAGCACGCGACCUGAGAUGCAGCUGAGUCUCUUCUCGCUGGCGGGAUCUGAGGACAGACAGGAAGUGCCUGUGAGUCAUUGGAGGACAGAGAGGGCCUGUAGAAGCGCAGGCUGAUCUCCCAGCUUCAUGCCCUCUCUUUUACCUGCUUGUCUGGCCCCCAGCUUCCAUCCUUGCAUUUGCAACGCCAGCUCCGGAGAGUCCACACAGAGCGUCUGCAGAAUGUCAGCCCCACAGCAGUGUGGCCUGCCGGCUUUAACAAGAAGGCUCUCACGUUAGCACCUGACACACAGGAAAAGGCCUCCAUAUUGACUCCCCUGACUUGAGACUUUUUUCUGUAAACUUUGCUGUAACAAGUACCACAAACAGGGUGGUUUGAACAAUGGAAAUCUGAUGUCUCUCCACUCUGGAGGCUGAAGUCUGAGUUCCCAGGAUCAGUGAGGUUGCUUCCCCCUGAGGCAGGCUCUGGUCCAUGUCCCCCCUCGCCGCUGGCACUGUGCUGGCGACCUUCUGUUCCCAGGGCCUGCCUUCCUGUUCAGAUGGCUUUCUCCCCGUUCCUCGUCCAUGCAGACUGGGGCCCACUCUGCAAACUCAUUCCCACAAAUACAUCUGGGACCCUAUCUCCAGCAUCACCUUCCAAGGUACUGGGGUUAGGGCUCUGAUGUAGGACUCAGCCCAUACUGGCAGGCGUGCCAGUGUCCACAUGUGUGCCCGCAGCUCAGUCACCCACCAGACAGCUCAUGGGAGUAACCAAAGCACAGCACACGCAUGAUGGUGGGACUUGCCGCAUGUGUGACCAGGGACUAGGGUGGCCAGCUGUCCCUGUCCGCCUCAGACUAGGCGGGUUCCCAGGCUGCGGAACUUUUGGUACUCACCCCAUGGAACACCCUGGACAAAGAGAUGAACUGGUGGUCAUCCUAGGAGGGAAGUGUGUUUCUUUCUUUUUUUUUUUCUUUUAAGAGGUGUUUACUGACUUUCCAAAGCCGUCGAGGGCCACGGGCCGGUUGGGAAGUGAGAAGACUCUUUCCUUUAUCAGCCCGAUCUACGUUGAGAGUAUGGAGCAUGCAAGAGGCAAGGAGUCAAGGGAAGAGUAUGGAAAUUCUAAGUGUGAACAAGGGUCUGAAACUGAAGAGCAGCUGUGGGCUUCCAGUCAACCAAGCACAUCUACAGGUCUAUUGGCAACCUCAGCAAAGGGGAAAAAACGAAAAAAGUCUGCGAAGGAUGACCAAGCUUCCUGUCCAAAGGAGAAGGCACAAAGCAAUGACAGCCUACAGCCUCAGAAUAAGAUACCAAUUCCCCCAUUGCCCUCUAAACUGCCACCAGUCAACCGGCUUCACCGAGACAUCCUGCGGGCUUGGUGCCAGCAAUUAAAGAUCAGCUCCAAAGGCCAGAAAUUGUGGUGUGUGGUCCAUGGGAGAAGUCUCCCUGCAAACAAAGGUGGUUGGGUUCACCUGCAGUUUCAUGCUGGACAAGCCUGGGUUCCUGAGAAGCAAAAAGGGAGAGUUUGUGCCCUCUUCCUACUUCCGGCCUGCAGUUUCCCACCUCCACACCUGGAGGACAACAUGUUGUGCCCGAAAUGUGUGCAAAGGAACAAGGUCUUAAUGAAAAGUCUCCAGUGGGAUUAGAAUACCAAGAAAAGGGCCUAUCUGUGGUUGUAAUUCGAGUUGGAAAAGUUGAACAGUCCACUCCUCUGUGACCCAGAUGGCUGAACUCUGGUCGUGCAGACUGGUGGGAUAAGAUGGUACCCUUGGACCUCCGACAGUGCCUGCUGCCUCCCAGGUUGUACGGAGACUUGGAAAAUGGAAAAGACUUUAACAAAGGGCCAUCCAUUCCAUUAUUAAGAUGAACACGUUCCUACUACCAAAUGUCUACCCUUCUGAACUAGAAAGGACUUCUUCAGCAGCUCUGUGAAGUGGCAACUUCCUCAAUGGUGCACUGUGGAGGAGAGGGGACAGGAAACUCAUUUGCUUUGUGUUGUUUUUCCUCCAAAGGAUACUGAUG